UUCUUUUUUUGCUCUUUCUUUCCUUUUUUCUCAUCUUCUUCUUGCUGGGAGUAAUACUUAUAUUACCACUCUCGCGAUGAAGUCUUCCUAAAACAAUUCAGAUUACAGUUUUUUUGAAGCGGAGGAUUGCUGAAAAACGAACCUGAAUCUUUCAGGAAUCGCGUAUUCAUAUCAAUCGAAUCAAGAGUUACUAGAUUCUCCAGUGUAGUAUCCAUUUGAAGCUUAUCAGUGAACGCUAUGGGAAAUACUUCUGGUGAUGACAAGAUCCUCAGUUUCGAAGAUGUCGUCCUUAGGAGAUCAGAUUUGGACAUCCUAAGUGGAUCCAAUUUUCUGAAUGAUCGUGUUAUCGAGUUCUACCUAAGCUACUUGUCCUCGGUUCACAGUUCCUCUACCAUCUCACUCAUCCCUCCCUCCAUUGCCUUCUGGAUCUGCAACUGCCCCGACACUGACUCCCUCAAAGAUUUCAUGAAACCCCUCAAGUGUCACGACAAAAACCUCCUGAUAUUCCCUGUUAACGACAAUCUGAAUGUGGAGGUAGCAGAAGGUGGAUUGCAUUGGAGCUUACUCGUGUACUACAAAGAUGCCAACACGUUUGUCCAUCAUGAUAGCUUCAUGGGAGUGAAUAGAUUUAACGCCAAACACCUCUUCGAGGCGGUUUCUCCAUUUGUGGGUAACGGGGAUGCAACGUACAGGGAAUGCAGUGAUACACCGCAGCAAAAGAAUGGGUACGAUUGUGGUGUUUACCUUCUUGCAGUCGCUCGGGUUAUAUGCGAAUGGUUUUGCUGUGAGGGAAUGAAGAACCGGGAUGAGCUGUGGUUUGCUGAAGUGAAGAAGACUGUACCAGAUUUUGUUAACCAUUUGAGAGCAGAGAUAUUGGAGCUGAUCAAAACGUUGAUGUCUCAGAGUGUGUGAGUAAAUGAGAGAUGUCAUUGAGUAUGGAUAGAUACAGUAUUCCGGUUGGUAUGAUUUUAACUGUUUACCGGAUCUGAAAACAUUUGAUAUUUUCACCGGUUAUUGUGAUGUCAGUGUUCUCUAAUUUGAACUUUUUAAGUUUUAACCGCGAAGGUCAAAACAAGACUAUUUGAGCCCA